UGAUUUCCGGAACUAGCGACUCUCGUGAGAGUAUGAAACAAUUAGCAGCAGCUGUACCCAGGAGCUUGUUUGUUGUUAGAGGGCUUGACAUGUCAACGAAAGAGCUAAAUUAACACCACGAAGGAAUGUGAAGGUGUGCGGAUGUAGCUCAGCCUCACGGGAGACGCAGCCCAGACCCACACCUUCAGCAUCCUGACCUGCUGUCUCCAUGACGACCCCUCCUCUCGUGACUCCUUUUGUUGGCCAGCCUCCUCCUCCUCCUCCACCGCAACAACAACAACAACAACAACAGCAGCAGCAGGCCCAGGCUGCUCGAGAUGUCAACACGUCUUCACUGUGUCGCAUCGGCCAGGAGACGGUCCAAGACAUUGUCCUCAGGACGAUGGAGAUAUUUCAGCUACUCAGGAACAUGCAGCUGCCUAACGGAGUGACGUACCACACCAACACCCAUCAGGACCGGCUGGGAAAGCUUCAAGAGCAUCUACGGAUGCUUUCUGUUCUUUUCCGCAAGCUGCGCCUGGUCUAUGACAAAUGCAACGAGAACUGCGCCGGGCUGGACCCCAUCCCUCCGGAGCAACUGAUACCCUUUGUGGAGGAUGACGGCUCCAAACACGACGACCGUUCGGGCGGGCAGAGCCACCUCACAAGCGAGGAGAGGAGGGAAAUCCUGGAAGUCAACAAGAAGCUGAAGCAGAAGAACCAGCAGCUGAAGCAGAUCAUGGACCAACUCCGGAACCUCAUCUGGGAGAUCAACUCCAUGCUGGCGGUUCGCAGCUGAGCCACGCGUGUCAGUGAGGACGAAGGACGGGUUGCUAACCGGACAGAGACCGGCAGCACUUUACAUGAAGAAAAUAAGAAAAAAAACGGGAACUUUGGCAAUAUCAUCUUGCUCCCAGAUGAAGGUUGGAAACCACAGAAGAAGAACGAGGGGAGAAGCGGGGACGGGAGGGUUGGAUGACAGAAAUGGUUCUGUCAACCUCGUUAAUCUAUGUUCAAAGCAGCAUUAUUUAACCUAAAGAUCAAAUAUGUUUUAUGUAUCUGUAGUUAGAGGCCAAGUGAAGAAAUUAUAGAGACACAUUGAUAUAUUUAAUCAGACUAUACCGCUAACAAAUUGGACUGGAAGUUGUGACAAACUGUGGCAGAAACGUAUUUACAGGUUUGGUUUUAAUAUCAAUCCACUCUGACUGAAUCUGACAGCUCUUUGUUAAAUGCUCUGUUGAACUAUAAAUCUGGUUGAGAUUUCAGAGAAAAGAA